AUGAAUAUUAUGAAUUCUUUCAUUAAUGAUAUAUUUGACAGAUUAGUUACCGAGGCAACUAGACUAAUUCGUUAUAAUAAAAAGAGAACCUUGUCAUCACGUGAAAUUCAAACUGCCGUUAGAUUGCUUUUACCUGGAGAAUUGUCAAAACACGCCGUCUCUGAAGGAACCAAAGCCGUAACAAAGUACACCACCAGUGGUGCAUAG